GGCACACAGCGGCGCGGGCGGGAGGCUGCGCGCGGGAGCAGACGUCUCUUCCGUAGCCGCCAUCUUGUGGGAUCUGCGCAGCUCUCUUUGUGCAGCUCCGACUUUCACCUCCGGAGAACUGCUUUUAAAAAUGCAUCUAGUUAAGAAUGAACACCAGACAAAGGCUGUGAUAGACAUGGGCUUCGUGUCAUGUUGGCUUCCUGUUUAAAAAACAGGCUGACAAUUUUAAAGGGAUAGCAACAAAGUGAUGACCAGGUGUGAAGUACCAGCUUCCCUCAUUCAUCAGAUUGAACAAGAACUGGAUAAAGAAGAAGAAGAGAUUAUGGUUUUUCUGUGCCGAGACCUUGCUCCUGACUUGGCCACUGCUGACCUUAGAGAGCUCUUGGUGGCUCUGAAUGAAAGGGAGCAACUAUCUUUUCUUGGCUUGUCCGAGUUGUUGUACAGAGUUAAGAGAUUUGACUUGCUGAGGAGGAUCUUGAAGACUGAGAAGGCAACAGUGGAAGCUAACCUUGCCAGGUGUUUCAGAAUUAUCCCUGCUUACAGGGUACUAAUGGUAGAGAUUAAUGAGAAUCUGGAAAAAGAAGAAGUGGGUUCUCUUGUUUUCCUACUCAGGGAUUAUGCACCUCGUAUGAAAAUGGCAAAAGAUAAGAGUUUUCUAGCUCUUGUGAUUGACCUCGAGAAACUAAAUUUGGUGGCUCCUAAUCAACUGGAUUUGAUAGAAGACUGUUUUCGAAAUAUUCACAGGAUAGAUCUGAUUAGGAAGAUUCAGAAUUACAAACAUGAAGCUUUACUGUCCUCCCUUCAUUCCCAGCCAGUAUAUGUAAAUGCACUUCAGGCAUCCCUUCCUAAUCUCAGUCUGAUUGAUCCUCCUUAUAAUUCAGGGAUCCAGAAUAUGAACACAGGAAAAUCAGAAAAUGGAGAAAGUCUCAUUCUGGCUGCAGCAGGACCAGUCCACAUGUCCAUUCAGGAAUCAGGAGCAGUGUCACAUAAGGUGUUUGAUGAUCAGUACAGAAUGCAAAGUCAACCUCUAGGAAUAUGCCUGAUAAUAGACUGUAUUGGCAAUGAUGCAGAUGUGUUGGAAGAGACCUUCAGAGGCUUAGGCUAUGACGUUCAUUGUCACAGAUAUUUAAAUAUGAACACCAUGAAUCAAACAUUGCUUGAAGUUGCAAGGUUGCAGAAGCACAGAAGUUGUGACAGCUUUGUCUGCAUAUUGGUCAGCCGUGGAACUCCUCAAAGCAUAUUCUGUACAGACCAUACCUUUUCUGGAUUCCCUUUGGAACAAAUAAAGAAAUACUUUACAGCAGACUCAUGUCCAGAGCUCCUAGGAAAACCAAAGCUUUUUUUCAUUCAGAGCUACAUCGUGCCAGAAAAUGAGCAAGAAUGUACUAGUCUGUUGGAAGUAGAUGGGAAUUAUGAGAAAAUCAUCACUAACGCAAAAAUCCCUUGGAAAGUCACUAUCCCCCAAGUAGCAGACAUCUUUUGGAGUCAUUGCAAGGUGGAUGUGUCUACAAUAGAAAAAUUUCCAAGUUCCUCUUCAUAUUAUCUGCAUUGUCUGGCUGAGAUACUUAGCAGCCCUCAUAAAAGGAAACUGUCUAUAUUAGAUAUCCACACAGAACUGAACAGAAAAGUCUAUGAAUGGAAUAAGACCACUGACCCAAGCCAACAAUAUUCACUUCUGCUUCAGCACACACUGAGAAAGAAGCUUUUUCUUUCUUCUACUUAAUUGCUGUUGGAAAGAACACAUUUGAAGUGGCUAACAGGAGACACUAUGAUCCAGACAGUUUUACACAUAUUUUUACUUUAUGUGUUGUUACUGCAUGUAUAUCUAAAGUUCCUAUUGCUUCCAAAAGCAGGGAUUUAGAAGCAUUUUGGUGUAUUAAGGCACUAGAUUUUGUAUCUUUAGACAGAAGGUUUUGAAAGCUUGGAUGAGAAUGGCAUCUAUCAUAUAGCACUGCAGAAGAUCUUGCAACCAAGUACAACAGUGCAAGGAACUCUAAGCUGUAUAGCCCUUGGGUUUUCCAGAGUUUUGUAUUUUUAUUGUUUCAUUGGUUGUUUUUUUAGCAUAACUAUUAGCAGUGCAGUGAUACGGGUUCUUCUGUUGAUGCUUAAACCAAAUACAAGCCAGUGCAAACCACUGAAAUUCACUGGGUGCUUUCCCCAGCAUCUAAAAAUGCAAAAUGUGUCAGGAAAGAAUGCCUACCCAGAAACACCAGUUAUUCAUUAACGCUUGUGUGCCUCCACAGACUAGCAAAACAGAAGGAGAGAGAUGGUCUUUUAAAUAAUAUGGAUUCCAUCUGCCUGAUGCAUUAGAGGUUGUGAUUCACCCAGAACCCUGUGUCAUUGGCGUUGUCACAGCGUACAAUUGCUAUAUGUUAAUAACUGAGACAAUCUGUCAUGUUUUGGUCUAUGUUUUCCUCUGAUACAAAAAUGAGUCUACACAUGUCAGGGCUUGGCAGGCAGGGGUGCCAGGAGGCCUGUGUGGAUGAGCAAGGAGCUCCUGGACACAGUUAAAUGUAAAAAAAAAAUAAAAAAUAUUUACCUAUCCCUGCUUCUACUUGCUGUAUCCUGGGAGAAGUACAGACAAGUUGUUAGAGAAGCAGGGAAUUGGGUAAGGAAAGCCAAAGCACAGAGAGAAUUGGGUCUGGCCAGGGAUGUUAAGAAUAACAAGAAAAGUUUCUACAGGUAUGUCAGUGGUAAGAGGAAGACUAGGAAAAGUGGGGGCCCACUCCAGAAGGAAACUGGAGACCUGGUUAUGGAAGACAUAAGAGAAGGCUGAGGUACUCAAUUACUGUUUUGCCUCAGUUUUCACCAGCAAGGACUCUGGCUGCACCAUCCAGGUUGCAGAAGGCAAAGGCAGGGACUAGGAAAAAGAUCUCCCCAUUGCAGGAGAAGAGCGAAUUCCAGCCACCUGAAGGUGCACAAGUCCAUGUGACCUGAUGGGAUUCAUCCAUGGCUCCUGAAGGAACUGGCUGAUGAAGUUGCAAAGCCUUUGUCCAUCAUGUUUUAAAAUCUUGGUGGUCUGGCAAAGUUGCCACUGAUUGGAAAAGGGGAAACAUAAACCCCAUUUUCAAAAAGAGAAAAAAGGAAGACAUGGGGGACUACACGCCAGUCAGUCUUGGCUUUGUGCCUGUCAAAAUCACAGAGCAGAUCCUUCUGAAGGCUCUCAUAAAGCACAUGGAAAACAAAGGGAUGAUUGAUGACAGCCAACACAGGUUCACUAAGGGCAGAUCCUGCCUUACUAAUUUGGUGGCCUUCUGCAGUGAGGUCACAGCAUCAGUGGACAAAGGAAGAGCAACCUGACAUCUUUUACCUGGGCCUGUGCAAAGCCUUUGACCCUGUGCUGCACAACAUCCUGGUAUUGAAACUGGAACAGUAUUGAUUUGAUGGAUGGACCACUCGUUGGGUAAGGAACUGGCUGGAUGGUCACACUCAGAUAGUGGUGAGGAGUGGCUCAAUGUCCAGAUGGAGACCAGUGAUGAGUGGUGUUCCCCAAGGGAUGGUACUCAGACCUGUGCUGUUUAACAUCUCUGUUGGUGACCUGGACAGUGCCAUUCAGUGCGCCAUCAGCAGGUUUGCUGACUACACCAGUGUGGUGAGGUUGACAGGCUGAAGGGAAGGGAUUCCAUCCAGAAGGACCUUGACAGGCUUGAGAGGUGGGCUUGUGCAAACUGCAUGAAAUUCAGCAAGGCUAAGUGCAAGGUCCUGCACCUAGGUUGGGGCAAUCUCAGGCACAAAUACAGGUUGGGUGGAGAAUGCAUCAAUAACAUUGAUAAGUCUUGAGGACAAGGACUUGGAGGUGAUAGUGGACAAGAAACUCAAUAUGAGCCUGCAAUGUGCACUUGCAGCAGAGUGCCAACUGUGUCCUUGGCUGCAUCAAAAGAAGUGUGACCAGCAAGUCAAGAGACGUUAUUCUCCCCCUCAACUCUGCUCUCAUGAGACCCCCACCUGGACUACUGUGUCCAGUUCUGGAGCCCCCAACACAAGGAGGACAUGGAGCUCAUGGAGAAAGUCCAGAGGAGGACCACGAAGAUGAUCAGAGGGCUGGAGCACUUCUGUGAAGACAGGCUGAGUGAGUUGGGGCUGUUGAGCCUGGAGAAGAGAAGGUUUUGGGGAGACCUCAUAGCAGCCUUCCAGUACCUGAAAGGGACCUACAGGAAAGCUGGGGAGAGACUUUUUACAAGGGCUUGUAGCGAGAGAACAAGGGGUAAUGGAUUAAAAGUGGAAGAGGGGAGAUUUAGAUUAGACAUCACAAAUAAAUUCUUUACUAUGGGGGCAGUGAGACACUAGAGCAGGUUGCCCAGGAUAGCUGUGGAAGGUCUCUCCCUGGAAGUACUAAAGGGCAGGUUAGAUGGAGCUCUGAGCAUCCUGAUCUAGUGGGAGUUGUAGCUGCCAAUUCAGGGGGCUUGUAUCUAGAUGAUCUUUGAAGUCCCUUCCAUCCCAAACCAUUCUGUGACUGUGAUUUUACAGUAACUACAACACAGUUUAAAAAUGUGGGAUUUUAGAAGAUGUUUUGUGGAAGCUGAAAUGUGAUUCACACUUGUUGCACCAGGCAUAUUGGUGAAAGUGCACUUUACUAUAUUUGAACCUAAAUGUUGUACCACUGGCUCUUAAUAUUGGAUGAAAUUAAAAAUCCCACCCUCACUGCUUUUAUUUAUGAAAAAUAGUAUAUUGUACAUUAGUAUAUUUAUAAUAAUUAGGAGGGCUUGGCCAGUAAACUUAAUGCUGGUAGCAGUGAAUUUCUUUAUUCUUCAACGUAAAGUUGUACUUCUUAGGUUUUGGCUUGUCAUAAUUUUUAUUAACUUUUUUUUUCUUUAAAGUCAGGCUUCUUAAGUUUUAUUCAGAAAAAAACAGAUGCGUUUUCAAGUAGCUUCUAUAAUUGAAAGUAAAACUCACUUUUAUUUUUCAAAGAGUAGACACUGAAGUCUAACAGAGUCCGUGUUACGUGAUGUAGAUACAGUCUUUUCCUGGCUUAAGAGGCUUCUAAGCUGGUGAUUGAUGAGGAUUGUUAGGAGUAUACAAAGAGAAGAAACACCCUGAACAAGUUUUACCUUACAGUCUUUAACUAUCAAUAUUAAAUGUUAGAUGAAAAAAUAUAUUUAUUUAUAUUAGUGUACCAUUUUAUAUCAUAUAUAAAGUAUAUUUUCUAUCACUGUGAUUAAAUCUUCACUCAUUAUCUUUUUUAAAA